CACUUUGUUACGAAUGAAGGGUUUCAUGGUGAGAGUGACUUAUUUUUUUUUUUUUCAUUCAUCCUUAGGUAAGAACUAAAGAGACUAGAAAAUCAAUGACUAGAUGAGGAUAGCUUUAAGCGCGGUUUUGUAUUCUAUUCUUGUCUCCUUUAACGGGGUUGACACAAUGGAAUAUGGUUACAUGAUUCAAUCGCCGAAUAAGGCUUGCAGUACACACGCUGCUUUCUUGUUUUUCAUUUUUCUUGUUUUUCCUUCAUACACUGCUCUUUUCUAUGGAGGAAAUAGAAGCACGCAUAAAAGAAGUUCAGUCUAAAAUUGAACAGAAUGUUCACUUGAAGAAAAAGGCUAUUGAACUUCGUCAAAUACUUAAAGAUCGCAAUGCUCAACUACAGUGCGAUACACAGAUAAGAGAGUCUCAGCGUUACAUUGACUAUUUUACAGAGGAAUUACGGAGACUUCAGACUAAAGGCAGUCGCGCCUCCUAUAGUUCCAUGUCACCCGUUCAGGCCGAGUCUUGUAAUAGCAUAAACGAUGUCCAAAAAACCAUUUUUGAUUCUCCUGAACAAACAUUAUCUUCUUAUUUCUCAACAAGCACACCUCCUUCUGAAGACGAUGAUUCAAGGAGGAGAUAUACUAUUUUAGAUCUAUUGGAGGCAGAUACACCUAUCAAUCGAGCCAAAGUAUCUUUAAAGUUGCAUGAAUUGGAGUACAAAGUCGAUGUAGAAAAAAAAGUACAAGAAGGUAUUCGUAACUUGUAUCAAACAUUGGAACGCACUGCUUCUUCUUCAGCCUCGGAUCGUCGAAGAAAAGCAGAAUUACAAGAGAAACAGAUGGAAAGCAGAGAAAAGAUGGCCUUGUUAAACCAUGCAGUCAAGAAAUACAAAGAUUUAUAUUUAGGUGAAGAAGAGGAAGAAGAGGAACAGGAAGCUCAAGAACAAGAGAAACAUCUGGAAGAAUUAGAAACGCGUCCUGUACGUGAUUUACCUGGUGCACGUCGCCCAGUUACUGGCAAACUUCAACUAAGAAUCAUUGAAGCACAUGAAUUAGCCCAUGCACCUACACGUAUGUUUCGUGACCCUCAAACGGUGGUGAUGAUCAAGAUUGAUGGCAAUAUUCAGUUUCGUACAAGACCCUCCAAGAACGACAAAUGGUCAGAUAAGUUUGAAAUGCAUGUCGAUAAAGCAACGGAAGUAGAAGUGUUGAUCUAUGAUCAAUCAGGUGAUCGUACAUUGCCUAUUGGUUUGCUUUGGCUCAAGAUUUCUGAUAUUGCAGAGAACUUGCGUAAACAGAAAUUAGGGUUGGAACAACAAGAUUCGAGUUGGGUACCUGCUCAGAUUGCUCAGCAACAUAGCGACUCAACCUUGCAGACCACAGAUCGAAAAGACAAGACGACACAUAAGCGUAAACCUGCGCCUGAAAGCGUGACAGCAUGGUUUGAUGUGGAGCCUUUAGGUCGUAUUUAUUUGGAUAUUAACUUUGUGCGUGAAAAUGUCAAUCGACGUCCUAUGGAUAAGUUGGGAAGAGCAGGUGCUGUGCGUGAAAGAAAAGGAGAAGUGCAUGAAAUGAACGGCCAUCAGUUUGUUGCAAGACGGUUCUAUCAUAUUAUGCGUUGCGCUUUAUGUGGUGAUUUUAUGGCGAAAUUAACGUUUCAAUGUGAAGAUUGUGGUUUGGCAUGUCAUAAGAAAUGUUAUACUCAAGUAGUAAUCCGUUGCAUUUCGAGAACAGCUAAAUCAGAGCAUGAUGAGGAUGAAUUAAAACACCGUAUUCCUCAUCGAUUUGAACCAUUGACCAUUAUUGGCGCCAAUUGGUGUUGUCAUUGUGGAUUUAUGCUUCCACUUGGGUUCAGAGGAGCACAGAAGUGUGAAGAAUGCGGUGUUGCGUGCCAUACAAAAUGCGCCAGUCUUGUACCCGAUUUCUGUGGCAUGUCAAUGGAAAAGGCAAAUUUGAUGUUGAGUGAAAUGAAAGCAGCCAAUAACCGCCGUCGUACAUUCCACUCAGAAAGCUUAGCACAAUUCUCCAUGGAUAACCAUCAAAAGCCUCUGUUUGCUUCCUCUUCAAGCAACACACAACACAGUCUACAAAAGUAUCUUCAGGAAGACACUGUUUCUCCUCAUUCUUCACUUUCUACACCUGUCUUGCCCAAAUCAAGUUCGACCUCAGGCCGACCAUUAUCAUUCCACCAUGAUGUGACGUCCCUUCAGUCUUUAACUCAUUUAUUUAGCCAUCAUAAUAUCCAUGAAAACAACAAUAGACUUAGUCAACACCUUACAACACCUGUCCAAGUCAAUCGGAAGGUAGGCUUAGAUGAUUUUAAUUUCUUGGCCGUCUUGGGCAAAGGUAAUUUCGGUAAAGUUAUGCUAGCAGAAGAGAAAUACACGAAUGAACUAUAUGCUAUCAAGAUUCUUAAGAAGCGAUUUGUACUGGACAACGAUGAAGUAGAAAGCACUCGAUCUGAAAAGCGUAUCUUUUUGACUGCGAAUCAAGAACGCCAUCCUUUUCUUGUGAAUUUACAUAGUACGUUCCAGACAGAGACCAGAAUCUAUUAUGUGAUGGAAUACGUGAGUGGAGGUGACCUUAUGCUCCAAAUUCAGCGAGAACAAUUUUCCGAAACGCGUGCUCGUUUCUAUGCCUGCGAAGUGCUUUUGGCUCUUGAGUAUUUCCAUAAACACGGCAUUAUUUAUCGCGAUCUUAAGCUAGAUAAUAUCAUGCUGUGCCUUGAUGGUCAUAUCAAGUUAGCAGACUAUGGUCUCUGUAAAGAAAACAUGUGGGGUAACAAUACAACCAAUACGUUUUGUGGUACACCCGAGUUUAUGGCACCUGAGAUUUUGUUGGAACACAAAUAUGGUCGUGCUGUUGAUUGGUGGGCCUUUGGUGUCUUGUUGUACGAAAUGUUACUUGGUCAAUCUCCUUUCAAGGGUGAAGAUGAAGAUGAAAUUUUUGAUGCUGUAUUAGAAGACAAGAUCUUGUAUCCUAUCAAUAUGUCUAAGCAUUCUGUCUCGAUUUGUGAAUCUUUACUUGAACGUAAUCCUGAAAGACGUCUUGGUGGAGGUAAAGGAGAUGCUCAAGAAGUAAAGAGCCAUCCUUUCUUUGCCGGCAUCAAUUGGGAUGACAUGUUAGCGAAGCGAGUAGCACCUCCCUUUUUGCCUAUUGUAAAUGGCAGAGCAGAUACAUCGAAUUUUGAUGAAGAAUUCACAAGAGAGAUCCCUAUCUUGACACCUGUGAAUGCCAUGUUGACUUCCCAAGAGCAACAUGAAUUCACCAACUUUUCCUAUGUAGCCAAUUGGGCUAUUAAUGGUACUUUCUAAUAAUAAAUCUGUUUGUUUGUAUUAUCUAAUGUA